AUGGCCCACGUCCCAGCAUCCCCCACCGCCCCGGGACCCCCCGUCCCCCACACCCCCGCCCCCGUCGUCGACAACCCCUACGACGUCGACCUCGUCGUCCCCUACAGCAUCGCCCUUGGCAAGAAAGACCUCAAGAACAGGACCAAGGCCGAGCUCGAGAUCAAGGAGGGCUAUGAGCAGCUCCUGAGGGCUAUCGAAGGGCACGGAGGGUUCAAGGUCGCGACCAAGCCCGGACGGGCUGGCAAGGGGCAGGAGGAGGUGUGGGUGUUCAUCAGCGCCUCGGAGGAAAAGGUAGAGCGUCUUGUGGAAGAAGAGCGCCAAAUGGACGCCGCCCACAACCUGCCCACGCCUCCAGUGACCUUCCCUCCAUCACCUGCGACCCGCUUGAGGCUCAUCUACAACGUCCUCACCGCGCCUGCUCUGCAAGGCGGCUUGGGCAUCACCCCGGGACGCGGUCGGUGGUCACGUGUCAAGAGUAUCAUGGCUCUGCACGAUGAAGCUGCAGACCAUCAGUGGAUUGAAAAGUGGACUACCGGCGGUGAUUGGAAGGUCGGACUCACGAAAGGUCUCGACGAGGACACGCAAAGGUCUGGAGGGCUGGGCGAUCAACAACCCCCUCCAGUCCACCUCUACUUUGAUUUCCUCACCACCUACACCCUUUCCCUCUUGCCCAUCUCGGUCAUUUCUGUCCUCUUCUACCUCUUCACCCCCGCCGACUCUUACCCACCGCUCUACGCCUUCCUCUUGUCUGUCUACGCUUCCGUCUUUGUCGCCAUCUGGCGCGUCAAGCAGCGCAAGUUUGCCGUCCGCUGGGGUACUAUCGGCUGCGAGUCCAUGGCCAUCAGCCGACUCCGCCCCGAGUACGUCGCUUCCCUCGGCUUUGACGAGAAGAAGGACCUCCAAGCCGUCGACGCUAUCCAGGCCGGUAACGAACUCAAGCGGGACACCAAAGUCGCCGCUUCCGUCCCCGUCAUCGUGGCAUGUGGUGUCGGUCUCGGUAUCGUGCUCAUGGGAAUCUUUGUCCUCGAAGCUUUCGUCGGCGAGGCAUACGACGGGUACGGUAAAGAGAUUGUGCCCCUCAUCCCUACCGCUCUUUUCUCCCUUCUCGUCCCCCAGAUUGUCGCGGGGUACGGAUACCUCGCCGAGCUGAUGGUCAAAUGGGAAGACCACCCCACGCCCACCGGCGAGGAAAAGUCGCUCACUGCCAAGACAUUCGCAAUGAACGCCAUCGUUGCUUACCUCGGUCUCUUCCUCUCGGCCUACGUCUAUAUUCCGUUCGGAUCCUUCAUCAUGGGACAUGUGCAGAAUAAGCUGGCGGGACAGGGGUUCUCGGUGGAGAAGGUUGCCGGGAGUGGGAAUGGGACGGUGCAGACUGAGACUGGGCCCGGAAGCCCUGCGCGAGGGACUGGGAUCGACAAGGCUGCUAUCAACGGUGGUAGGUUGAAGAGCCAGCUCUUUGCUUACACUGUCACAAACCAAGUUGUCAACGCUUUCCUCGAACUCGGUCUUCCUUACAUUCUCCGAUUCAUCAACGAAUGGCGUGCUGGCAAGACGACUCUGAAAGAAGCCAUCACCCGUCGUGGAAGUGGGCCUAAUGGUGCUGGAGAAAAGACGCCGGUGACGGAAGAUGAUGUUGAGAAGCGAUUCUUGGACAAGGUUGAGCGCGAGCUCGAGUUGCCCGAGUACACCCUUUUCACUGACUAUGCCGAGAUGGUCACCCAAUUCGGCUACGUCACCCUCUGGUCCAUCGUCUGGCCCCUCGCCCCCAUCUUUGCGCUCAUCAACAACUACAUCGAGCUCCGCUCCGACGCCCUCAAAAUCUGUAAACACGUCCGCCGCCCCGUCGGCGACCGCGUCGAGACAAUCGGGAGCUGGCUCGAUACGCUCGGCUUGAUCUCUUGGCUGGGCGCUGUGACGAGUAGCACCUUGAUCUACCUUUUCAGGCCUGCACCUGAAGGACCAAGCUUGGACAGUCAAUCGGCCAACCCCAAUUUCCCCUUGCCCGGUUCGCACGCCCUCUCUCACAUCGUCUCCACAUUCCACGAACACUCCUCCCCCGCCAACCCAUUCACCUCAUGGAUCAACGUCCACACGCUCGAAUCUCUCGUUCCGCUGGCACUUAUUGCGCUCGGGGCGAGCCAUGGGUUUUUGGUGUUGAGGUGGGUUGUGGAGGGGACGGUGGAGAGGGUUUGGUGGAGGGGGAGUUGGGAGGAGAGGGAGCUUGGGAGGUUGAGGGCUGGUGGGGCUGGUGGGGUGCGAUCUGAAAGUAGUGCGGUGCAAGAGGUGAGGGAGAAGGUCUUUGCGCCCGAGGUGCUUGGUGGCUUUUGGAACGGAGGUGAAGAAGGCGCGAGGGAGAUUGCGAGACUCUUCAAGGCUGAAUAA